UAUCGUUUUAUAGAAGAAGCGAUGUAUAAAAUAUACAUCAUUAUUGGGUUGAUUAUAACAACAACGCUAUUUAUCUUACAAAGUCAAGCGUUCGUUUACUUGUAUAAUACGGAAGAUGGAACAAAUAUUGAAGCAUUUGAUUGUGUUUAUUACAAAGAGAAGGUAUUUGAUCAAUUUGUACCAUUUUGUCGCCGAGUUGGCCGUUCUAGUGAAAUCGAUCGAAGGAGUCAAACAUGUGCUCCCAAUUCUGAAAAGCAUCGAUUUUCUGACUUACGUCGUAAAAAUAUUAGUAUAAGUGAACUACUUCGCUGGAGUUCAAGUAUCGAAGUAGCUGAUCAAUAUGCGGCAUUUUUGAGCGGUAAUCUAUACCAAACUGAUGGAAUCAUAUGUGAAUGUAAAACACCCAGCACAUUCGGCAAAUUUUGUGAGUAUGAACUGUAUGGUUACACAAGUAUUAAUGAAAUUUUGAAUGCUCAAUUCCAGCAUAAAGGUAAAAUCAGUAAUCAAUAUAAAGAUCAAUUAUAUGGACAUAUUUUAUGUUAUACAACACUUGAAUGCGAUUCAGGUUUAUUAUGUCUUGAUUUUCGAGAUAUUUGUGAUGGUCGACAACAAUGCACAGAUGGUUGGGAUGAAGAGAAUUGUGAUAAAUUGGAGUUUAACGAGUGUGAUAAUGAUGAAUAUCGGUGUUUAAAUGGCAUGUGCAUUCCUCAACAAUUUUUUUUAGAUGGUGACUAUGAUUGUAUGGAUAAUACUGAUGAACAAGUAAAUGAUCCCAUUGCAUGUGGCCGACAAUCAGCAAGUUUUAGAUGCGACGAACGUCUGUGCAAUCGAGAUAAGUUCUCAUGCGGUAAUGGAUACUGUAUUGAACGUAUUGUGCGAAUUCCCUUUCAACAAACAUCCUCAGUUAUGAGUUGCGAUACGCUACGCGAAUAUUUGUAUCAGUGCGAGUUAUCUCGGUUUCAACCAUUAUGGACAAGUAAAUCUGGUCAAUGUCUUCCUCUUAUUCAAUACAAUAUAAUGUUGACCGAAGUUACGGACUAUGGAAGUUUAUCCAUUGAAGAGAAAUGUCUUUGGUUAGUCAAAUGCGCUCUUAUCGUUCGACAAGCACCUUGGUGUCCCUGUUUCAGUAAUGAUUGUGCUAAGAAUAUUAGUCAUAUGUGCCAUCAGUCGUUAAUAAUUUAUCCUUUUGGACGGGUAUUCAACACACUUAUUACUGUGGCUUAUGCACGGAAUCGAACUAAUUGGCAUGAUACGAAACCAGAAGUCUUCUUCAUUUCUGGACGUCUUAAGUGUCGAGGUUUCCAUUUAACUUUCAAAAAAGAUGAAAUUGGUCCACUACUAAUGACUAAUGAAUAUAUCGAAUCAUUACAAUAUGAUUCUUAUUGGUGUAACUUUAAUUUAAAAUUACAACAUCGAAAUAUAACUUCAUUUGCAUCUCAUUACAACUUGAAUUGUGAACGUAACUCAUGCACUUUUAGUGGAAAGCCAUAUAAAUUUGAUGAUGUAUGUGAAAUAUCGCGUGACUGUAUAUCAAACCAUCGGUUGCUCGAUAAAGUUAAAGACUGUUAUGAUUCAUUCGACGAAAUUAUGAACACUAGGAUCGUACCUGCUUGUUUAUCUAGUAAACAUCGCUUCCGUUGUUCCGAUGAACAGCCAACAUGCUAUUUAGUCAAAGAAUUAUAUUUUGGUACUCCGGCAUGUACUAAUUAUCAUGAUAUUUAUCUUUAUGGAACUGGUAAGCCAGUAUCUUCUUUUAAAUGCACGUCCACAGAUCAAUCAGGUUGCAUUGAUCUUCGUAAUUAUAUUCGUGAUCAUGAAAAAACUGCAUCCUCACAAUCUACCGUCCCUUACGUUCAUUAUUGUGAUACAUUUUGGGAUGCAAGUUCAAAAAUAGACGAAUUAUCCAUCAACUGUCAGCAAUGGGUAUGUUCGUCAAACCAAUAUCAAUGUUUGACUGGACAAUGUAUUUCCGUCAGUACAAUAUGUAAUGAAGUGUGGGAUUGUUCGGAUGCGUCUGAUGAGCAUGGCCUAUUUGCUAUUGAUCAUCUUUCGGAUCAUAAUAGACGUUUUUUAAAUCUUACUACUCUACGUAUGAAAUGUAUCACUAGAUAUCCUGAAUAUCAACAACCUUUCCAUACAAUAUGUAAUCGUUCGGUAGAGUAUCCGUGUUUAUUGGCCAAUGUACUUGAUCCUACUGAUAUUAAUACAAAUCGUCCCUGUAUUCCAUUAUCAAAGAUUGGAGAUAAUAUUAUUGAUUGUUACGGAGGUUUAGAUGAACGUAACAUUCAAACAUCUUGUUCGAAUAAUAUAUCAAUGCAACAUUUCGAAUUUCGUUGUCCAGAUUCGAAAGUUUUAGAAUGUAUUCCAUACAAUCUGCUGUGUAAAAAGCAUUGUUUGGGUGAUGAACCUAUCUGUUUCUAUCGACGAGGUAUAUUGAAUGGCUUUUGUUCAAAGGAAGAAGAAUUUCUUUGUCUCGAUGGAACAUGUAAAAAAAAUGUGAGAUGUAACCAUCGUGCUGAAUGUAGUCAUGGUGAAGAUGAAUAUUGGUGUGAUUAUUUUGCAGCUUCCUUUACUAUAAGGUUUCGCGCACUCGACGAAUUUUUGAGAUCAUUGAUCAUUAGACCAAAUCCAUCGCUCGUUAUUAGUCGACGGCUGCAAUUAGAAACUUUUGAUGACAAAAUAGCUUUUGCAUGUAACCGUGGUAUCGCCGUUCGACAAUUAAAUAACUUUGUUUGCUUAUGUCCGCCAAGUUAUUAUGGUAUUCAUUGUGAAUUUUACAGUGAUCGUAUUAAUUUUAUUAUUCAACUCAAUAGAAUACAAAACAAAACAUUGAAUCUAGUGGCAUUAUUAUUUUUUAAUGAUCAAGUUAUCGAUGAAUUUGAUUUCCGUAUAUAUCCUUCGACGAAACUACAAAAGCAUAGAUUUCAUUUAAUAUAUUCACGAUCUGAUUUUUAUCUAAAACAUAAACGAAAUCGAUAUUUUAGCCGUGAUAAUAUUAUUUAUUUUCAUCCUUAUAGUAUUCAAUUUGAAGCCUACGAACUCAAAGAAGACGAAAGUAUUCAAUUGAUUGCUAUUUGGAACUAUCCAUUUUAUUUUGAUUUUCUUCCUUCAUUUCGAUUCAGUAAGAUCCUUCGAUUCGAAUCAUUUAAUAAUGCUUGUUUGAGUAAUUCUUGCUCAAUAAAUUCCACUUGUUAUCCCAUUCUUAAUACUAAUACAUCGUUCAUCUGUCAAUGCAAAAGUGGUUUUUAUGGUAAAAAUUGUGAAUACAUUUCAAACAUUUGUAUAUCUCGAUGUACUCCAAAUUCAAUCUGUAGACCUACAUAUCGAGGAAUAAUUAAUGGAAUGGAUCAUCCAUUAUGCAUUUGUCCAAUUAAUCGAUUCGGUCCUACCUGUCAUAUUGAUUACAAUGAAUGCCAUUCACAACCUUGUGCAAACAAUGGAGCUUGUCUUAGUAGAUAUAAUCCUAUUGGUAUACACGCAUAUGAAUGUCAAUGCACAGAUUAUUUUUAUGGAGAUCAUUGUGAGUAUAAGAAAAAGUUAAUGGAAAUUCAUCUUUUGAAUAUAACUUAUCAUCCAUUAAAAUUAAUCAUUCGAUAUUAUGACAGUUAUGGACCGACAUAUACAUUUAAGCCACGAAUUCAACAAAUUUAUUCUUCACUUCCGAUCUCGUUUCAAUAUUAUAACGAAAAUGUCGAUAAAUUGUCAAUUGUUCUUCUCACAAUCUAUGAAAAAUAUGAUAACGAACCACUUUAUUUUCUUCUGGCUAUUCAGCAAAAUACGACAUUCAUUAAUAAAACAUCAUCAUUAGAAAAUCCUUGUCCCGCUGCCAACAGUUUUAGAACAAUUAAAAAUGAUCCACAUAUCCCAACUGUUUUCAAAUAUCAUCGCCUGUGUCACUCCAGUAAUACGAGUUUGUCACCGAAAUGUUUUCAUGAUACCAAUUAUCUUUGUAUUUGCUCGACUUCUAAUUCUCGAGCAGAAUGUUUUAGUCUGCCAUCGGAUAACUGUUCAAAAUGUUUAUCAAAUGGUCGUUGUGUACAAGAUGUGACAGUAAAUUUAGCGAAAGAACCAGAAUUUUUGUGUAUAUGUCCACGAUGUUAUUAUGGUCAUGUUUGUGAGUUUAGUACAUUAGCAUUCAGUUUUACACUUGAUUCACUGAUUGUUCAAGAUUUGUUUAAAAUUCGAUUUGUUUAUUUAUCUAUUGCAUUACUUAUCUUUCUGAUUGGGUUGUUCAAUAAUAUCUGUUGUUUUUCUACUUUUAAACGUCGCGCAACACGAAAAGUUGGUACUGGAAAUUAUCUGCUUAUUGUGUCAAUAUUAAGCCAAGGGUCGAUUUUAUUACUUCUUCUCAAAAUUACACAUAUUCUUAUAAGUUCAAAUAAUUUACUUGAUAAUAUCGAAUCAAUAAAUAUUAUUACAUGUAAAACUAUUUCAUAUCUUCUUUCUAUAUCUACUCGAUCAACAUAUUGGUUACUCAGUUUAAUAAGUAUUGAACGCUUAUGUCUUGUUAUUUAUCCAUCAGCUACUUUACUGAAAAAGCCUAAAGUAGCUAUUUGGUUGAGUUUAAUUACAAUUUUGAUCAUUUUUAGUAUGCAUAUUCAUGAGAUAUUUUAUUACACAAUUGUAAAAGAUUCAAAUAAUGCAACACUAUGUGCGAUCAAUUUUGUACAAAAACAUGUUUUACUUUAUGAUCGUAUUACUGUUCUUUUUCAUAGUCUUGGACCAUUUAUUAUUCAAAUUUUAUCAAUUAGUUGUCUUAUUGUAAUGACAGCAAGAAGCCGACAUAGAACAAUAAAACAUAAAAACUCAAGUUUUGCCAGUGAUCAUAUAAUAAAACAAUUCAAAAAACAAAAAGAAUUAUAUUUAAAUCCUGUUGUUAUUAUUUUUAGUACUCUUCCUCAAAUAAUUAUUUCAUUUAGUUUGGCAUGUACUGAAUUAUCAACAUCAUGGAAAAGAUAUAUUUUAUUAAUUACAUAUUUUCUUUCGUUUCUCCCACAAAUGCUUAGUUUAAUUCUUCAUAUACUACCAUCAACUUUAUAUAAUAAAGAAUUUCAUGAAACAAUGAUUUAUAAGCUUUUUAUCAAGAGAAUAUUUAAAUUACGACAUGAUUGA